AUGCACGGUCCUCUCAUGCUCCUUGCCAAAGAAAAUGAGGUUGAUGAUGAGGACGAUGAAGAAGAAGAAGAUGACGAGAAUGACAAUGAUGAUGAUGAAGAUGACAAUGAAAAUGAUGAUGAAGACGAUGAUGAUGGGGAAGAUAAUGACGAUGAUGAUGUGGUACACUUUUCCCAAUUUAGAUUCAUAUUACGUAAAUUAAUCCACUUGAGAUUGGUAGAUGAUGACGAGCACUUAAGUUCAGUUCCUGGACCUCCCGAGGGUACCUUACUGGUACCUUACUACCCUUUACAAUCUCAUCUGCAUAAUUCAAAUACAAGUGCUCUGCUCAACUACAAUCUAGGCAAAUUCUGA